UCUCUUUCAGACUCCCAGCAGAAUCAUGCCUGAAGUUACAUACUCUGACGUGAAGUUCACCAAAUCAGCGCCUGAACAUCAAAAUUCUUCAUCGACUGACAUCACUUAUGCUGAAGUCCAGUUUCCGAAACUGGAAGACCCAAAGGAUUUAUCGAUUCACAUUAAAAAAAUAGAGGAGGAUGUUCAACAACCCGGACGGGACAGGAAGUCCAAAAUGUCUCCAGUGGUUCUGGUGGUUCUGAUUGGUCUCAUCGUUCUCCUGGCAGCAGCUGCUUGUGGCCUGGUUGUAUUUUAUACAAAGUACAACGAAACUCUCCAAAGGCUGAAUGAGGAGAUCAAAAUGUGUAAGGAAAACAUCUCAGCUCCUUAUGCUACGACUGGAACCACAGAACCAAAGCAACCAACAUCUCUGCCUCCUCUAACAUCUCCUCCUCCUUCAACAAGUCCUCCUUCAACAUGUCCUCCUUUGACAAGUCCUCCUUCAACAUGUCCUCCUCCUCUAACAUGUCCUCCUUCAACAUGUCCUCCUUCGUCAUGUCCUCCUCCUCUAACAUGUCCUCCUUCAACAUGUCCUCCUUCAACAACUCCAAAACCUUCAACGUAUCCACCAACUACAAGAAGAAAUGAAGCAAACAGCCUGAGUGCGUAGGGGAGGAGCAUGGGGUGAAUGUCACGGUACUCUGGACUGCAGACAAAACUCCGGAGAUGCUGUGGUUGGACAGAGAUUGUGCUGAUCUUCUAUUUGUGAGAAAGAGGCAGAAAUGCAGUCGUGUUUGUGUGUCGUUCAAUUCAGUCCAGAAAACAGCUUCAUAUCUCUGCACAUUUUAUAAAGAUAAUUACCAUAUAAACAUCCUGAUUCUAAGAGAUCUUUACCUGAUUUUCACUUCCUGUAACAACAAAUCUCCUGUUAAAUACGUAAAAUCAUUAAAAUGUUUUAUUCAGCUUUUACAAGCUUCUUGUUUUUGUUGUAGCUGUCGAACAAUGAGGUUCAAUCAUCAAGUUCUCCACUUUAACAAAGGAGGGAAAAAACAUUUCAUCACAUACAUUGCUAUAAUAAUUGUUCCCUU